AAGUGGCGCGUGUGCAGAACGUGCAUCAGGUUUUAUUUGCAAGACGAAGCUGCUCCAAGCAAGAAAAGAGUUUGUUGAUCGAGAGUUUGUUUGUGGCGUCCAUGGCUUAUAUUGCUGAGGCCGACAAUGGCAACUGGUGAUUUGCAGAACAGUAUCAGAAGACUCCAAACUGAGCUAAAAGCCUGUAAAUAUACAGGUGAUACUGACGUACGAGGGCUUAUCUCCGGAAGCCCCUCGGCGUUGCUCCCUCUGCUACACUAUAGCCUGCUAUCUUUUUCCUAUCCGCUCGCUGUCCAUCUCUCUGAUCGCGGCUAUGAUCUGUAUGGCAAAAGUGAUUCACGUUUUGUUGACACGCUGUACAAGCUUCUACGUGAUGAGUUUGAUCACACGCCACGCCUCACCAAGGCGCAGUUGCUCACUGCCGCUGGCUUUGCCGAGCACAAGUCUCUGUUGGUGUGCCGGGUACUAAAGCUAUGCAGGGAACGGCAUGCUCUGCUCACAAAGAAAGGAGGCAGUGUUCUGGUGGCAAGAAAGCCAAAGACUGUCGCAGCACUGGGACGCUCUAGACAGCUGGCUUCAGAGAAUGGCGCUAGAAAGACCGCCAAGUCCUCAGCAACCAGUAAAGGUGCUGAGAAGAACCGUUUACCACUGCAGUCUGUCAUCAAUAGCCAAUCGAACCCCAUUCCACAUGACAAGCAACUAACUGGUGAAACAUGCGAGGAAGAUCUAGUGGAGGGUGCUACCCCAGAACUAGCAUUUGCCAGGCAAUCGAUUCUGCCGCAGGUUGCCGCUCCGUUCCAAGACAGUGCUGCACACAGCUCGCACAAUUCCGGUGUUCUGGCCUCCGCUCACGCCAUUCUCUCUUCUUAUCCUGGUAACUGCUUGUCGACUGAUGAAGCCGACUAUGGUGACCGGGAGGUAGAAGAAGCGCUGCCCACGUUCAAACCUGUCAUGUCAGAAGCUGAACCAAGUUCAAUGUCUGGAUUGCCUGCUGAACACUUGCGAACCAGCCACCGCUUCUCCCAUGAAGACCCUCAGCACCGUCACCCACCACCGGCCAUGCCAUCAAGCUAUGCUCCGCUCAGCCAUCCACUGCCUAAUUCUAGUCGCUACCUUCACAAUGAUGAUGCCUCUGCCUUCCCAACGAGAACUCCAGCCACCUUCCCGGUGACUUCUCAUCUCCGACAGAGCAAGGCUAAGUCAACACCGUUGAGUGACUGUGACGAUGCCCCAGUACCUGAAACAUCCGCCCCGUUACCAUCGGUCAGUGUGGUGCGAUCGCGAUUUUCCCCGCCGCGGCAGCACCAAUCAUCGCGCAUCUCUUCACUGCAUCGUGCCUCGGAACCUGCCAGAUCAGAUGAUCGACCGACCAUCUCUCAUGCCGCUCCACUUCCACCACUGCACCACACACAGCUUGGCGCUGUCAGCAAAUCAGGAGUCACUGCUCACCCCAACAGAGAAGAUCCUGGAGAGUUGUACAGCAAACCUGCAUCCGGGAUGAGUAGCAAUCGGGCGUUGCUACAGGAACAUCAUGCCCACGCACCCCAGGCUCAUGCAUAUCCCAGCAGCUCAUCGGCAGCAGGAACUCACUAUCCUCCAAAUACUAUGCAUGAGCCACAACAGCAAGCUGCCCAGUCAAUGCCAAUGCAGGCAGAGUAUCGCCAUACCCAACAGAGUGUUCUCAGCAAUGCAGUACAGCAUCCUGCAUCUGCUGCAUACCAACCAACAGCCACAGCAGUCCGGUCACGGGAGGGCAUUCUGGCAAGUGCGUCGUCCAUCCAGACAUCUUCCGCCUCCACUCUGCAGUCAGCUGGAUCUGCACUCUCACUUGCUGACUCUGGUUCAGCAAGCCACCCUGCUAGCAAUCAGCAAGCACCGCCAGAGCUGAAUCAGGUGAUGUUACAGAUGAAUGCAAUGAGCGCUCAGAUCGGCUUUGUCAGCACGCAGCUCAGUCAGCUGCUCCUGGCAGAUCACAGUCGACCACCGGCAGUGGCUGCACGUCCUAUGCAGAUUGCCGCGUCGGAGAGCGUCCUCCCCGGUACUGCACUCGCCCAAAGCAGCACCAGCAGCAGCACGGCGGUGGUAGUGCCAGCGGCAGGAGCGGGAAACGUCGGCCAUGCACUCGAGACCAUUGAGGCUCGCCUGGUGCUGAUGGAAACGCGAAUGCACCGCCUGGAGCAGACGCCAACAACAACGCCUAACGUAGCUGCUGCCAUUGCACCUGUAACGACAGCAGCAGCAACAGCAGGCAUGGCAGAUAGGUCAAUAGAGUGGCACACAUCGGCGACGGCAACCGAAGCUGCUAGGUUGCCUGGUCGCCAACCGCUGAGCUCGGCUAGUUCGGUCAUGCCGCAAAGACCGCAGGACAUCUCAAUUAGCCAGUCGACAAUUGCCAGGUCCAUUACGGUUCAGCAGUCACCAUUCCCGCAGCAUCGCUCACAGCAAGCACAGCUGAACCAAUCGACAACAGUGUCCACCGUCGACAUAUCCUACGUGUUCAGUGAUCCGUCCACGCAGGCCUUUGUUUCCGGCCUCAAAAAUCGGGUGAAGGAGACACGCCGUGUCCUCACCAACAUGUCACCAGACGAUGACGCAGAAUCUGUCAGCAGCAGCCUCCAGCAACAGUUCUUGCUUGCUGCUACUUCAACGGGCGCACCGAGCGUCACCUCCAUGCAGUAAAGAUUAGAGAAGCCCACAACAUGCCCUCUGCACCCUCCACAUUGUUCACUCUUCUCUCUGGACUUAUUUUCUUUCUUAUCUCUCAUCCAUAUUACUCUGUGCUGUGCACUACUAGUAUCUAUAGACUACGAUGAGUUAAAAUUAUUACAACCAUCAUCCUACGCAGGUAGCACCCCGUUUAAAGCAUUUAUUUUAAUUGUUGUAUUGUUUAUUUUCUCUCUCCGUGUCCCUCUAGUUUUUAGAUCGCCCUCCUAGAUCCUGUUGUAUAAGAACGGAGUAGUUCAGUGUCAAUGUACUAUGCUAUCUCUCUUAUAUACCAAGAGCAGUCAAUUUUGGCUCUAGGAUCAACUUCGCUCAGCAUAUCCCUGGGUGAUUUCAUCCCGUGCGCCGUCACGUGACUUGCUAUUGGCGUAUGCCUCUGAUUGCAAUAACAAGGUACGACAAGCUGCAA